AUGAAUUUGUUUUCUAGCUCCAUGCUCAAGCGUUAUGUCUCGGUGAUCCAACACUGGCUCAAGAGUUGGGCCAUGUCGGGCAGUAACCCAUUCAUACACUCUCAUUUGUAUCGGACUCGAUUUCCAACCUGUGUUCAGGUUGCCUACACCACUUUAUCAGCCUAUAUUAACAGAACCGAAGGCAAUUACGAAAUCAUCCUGAGGAUAAUAGAGAGUCAAGCGAAAGAAUUGCUGACUGGCCCAGACUUAGGCGUCAACGACGCGCUGGAACCUCUCGACCUUUUGGAGCAACUGGCUCGAGUCCACGCCUUGAUGGUAUACCAAAUUAUAUGUCUCUUCGAUGGCGAUAUCCGAUCGCGCCAUCUUGCUGAAGGCCGCUCUCAUAUCUUGGACCGCUGGGUUAUGCAGAUGGUCGAGUGUGCCAGUAGCAGUCUAUACCCGCUAUCGUUGACGCUCGAUCCCCUCGAUCUUGUAGAAACUGCUUGCCAAGUUGACCCACCGAGCCUGACUGGCAACACAGAGCAUCUCUGGCACACCUGGAUCUUGGCAGAAAGCAUACGGCGUACAUGGUUAACAGCUACGGGGCUACAAGCCUUGUACUUAACCCUCCAGCAAGGCUGGGCUUUCUGUCCCGGAGGCAUGAUGUUUACGACACGCCACGGAGUUUGGGAAGCCAAAACGGCUUUGGCAUGGGAGAUGCUGUGCUUAGAGACAGACAUUGGGUUCAUCCAGAGAUUUGAGACCGAAAAGCUUUUUACAGAAGCUAAUCCUUUAGAAAUUGAUGAUUUUGGGAAGAUGAUCCUGGAGAGUACAUAUGGAACAGAAAGAAUGGAGCGAUGGACUCAAUGCUAG